AUGGGGGCUAGAUCUCUGGCCCAGACCUGUGUGGUGCCUGUAGCUGCCGCUGGUGGCACUUUAACACCAUCAGCACCUCCUCCUUUGUGUUUUCCUCCCUUGCUCACUUUUAAUUUCUUACUUCAAGGGGCCAUGGGCCCAGAAGAACCACGUUCACCACUGACUCUGGGCCUUGACAAGCACGGGCUCCUCAGCCCGUCCUUGCCCUUCAGGACUGGCACAACAGAGGGUCCCCAGGAAGCCAGGGCUGCCCCGCCACACCUUGCACAACCUGCAGGUGGCUGCCUCCACGGGGCAUUGGGCAAAACUGCUGCAGUGGCCAUGACCACCCCUAUGUGGCUCCUGGGACCAGCACCUCAGUUUACUCACCCUGAAAGUGCACUGGCUAUCGGACCCAAACAGCAGCCUCAAGAUGCAGCGUGUUUAUCUCAAGGGAACGCCCUAAAAUCAUCUUGCAUACUAAACUCUAUCUCAGAAUCUGCUUCCCGGAAAUCCCAACCUGGGACAGUGCUUGACAUUGAUAUGCUAUCACAGCUGCCACAAGGAAAGAAGGCUAAAGGGAAGAAGGUGGUCUUGGACCCUGCUGUCAUGAAGAAGCAAGAGGCCAAAAAAGGUGGUCAGUCCCUUGUUAAAACAAGGGACAGGACAUCCAGCCUCAAAGGGACUUCACUCUGUGAAAUGUCCCCUCUGUAUCUGGUUGCAGUGGCAAAGGCUCUUCCCUUUAAACAUCUGAAAAUUCCUUCUGUCAUUAACCAGUUAACCCAGGGCUUGGCCCACCAAACAGUUAUUCAAUUGUUUAAGUUCAUCCACAGAUUCAGACCAGAGACAAAGCAAGAGAAGAAGCAGAAAAUUUUGGCCUGAAUUGAGAACAAAGUUGCUAGCAAAGGGGAUGACCCCACUAAGAGGCCACCUGUUCUUCAAGUGGGGGUUAAUACUGUCCCCACUUUAAUGGAAAAUAAGAAGUCUCAGCUGAUAGUGAUUUUACAUUCUGUGGACCCCACUGAGCUGGCUGUCUUCCUGUCUGCCCUGUGUCAUAAGGUGGGUGUUCCCCAUUGCGUUAUCAAGAGGAAGGCCACUGGGCAUCUGGUCCACAGGAAAAUCACACAGGUUCACUCAGAAGACAAAGGAGGUCUGUCCAAGCAGAUGGAAGCUAUGAGGACCAAUGACAAUGACAAAUAUGAUGAGAUCCACCAUCUCUGGGGAGGCAUCGUCCUGGGUCCAAAGUCAGUGGCUUGUGUUGCUGAGCUGGAAAAGGCAAAGGCUAAAGAACUGGCACCAAACCGGGCUAAGUGUGCACUGCUGAGUCGUCCGUAUGUAAAGUUCCAUCGCUGGAGCUGCCAAAUCAGUCUUUCCCUGCUGUUGACGGCCUGUGGCACAAUGAACGUCACUACGUGCCCCUUCCCAUUUGUCAGCAAUGGCAGAAACGUCCAUGGUACCUGUGAAGGCCAAGUGAUUGCCAAGUAA